AUGAGCCAACAAGCUGCUGCUUUGCAGAAUUACAAUCAUGAGCUCGUUAAUUGUAUUGAGGACCUAUGCUCUAAGCGGGAAGAAUUAAACCGUCAGAUCAAGCUGGAGGAAGAAGAGAAGGAACGACUGCAACACGACAUCCGUGUCUUCUCAGGUAAACUGAGUAAAGUCAAUGAAAGCUUGGCACAAAGAAUGGCUGCCCGCGCUACCUUCGACCGCACCAUCGCAGAGACUGAGGCUGCGUACACCAAGAUUUUAGAGAGUUCCCAAUCACUCUUGAGUGUCCUGAAGCACGAGGCCGGAAACCUCACUAAAGCCUCCGAGCCGCGCAAAAAAGAACACUAA